GCAUCAAGUGGAGAGCAGCAGUCGUUGUCGUCUCAUCAAGAGACAGAUGUGGAAAUAAAAGCUAGCCUGAGUGAGCUGACUGCUGCUGUCCAGAAGGUUCAAGAAGCAUCAUCCUGGUGGGAUCUCUAUGGUGUAGACUGGUGCUACAUCGCAUCAGGUUUCGCCAUGAUCCCUCCUGGUCUAUUGCUUCUUAGGCACCAGACUUGGCCUCCGUUCAUCGCAGGUCUGAUCUUAUUGGGAUUCUACUAUGGAAUGCUCAAAACCAAGAUGUCUCAUCUCGCAUCCCACUCUGCCCUGUGCCGUUCAAAGCUCGUCAAUCGCUUCUGGCAGUUGUUCUUCAUUGAGUUUUGCGGAUCCUUUUCAGCCGAGUACGCAAUUGGUGCCCACGUUAAAGUCCACCAUCCCUAUACCAAUGUCAUCGGGCUGGGUGAUUCUAGCACAUGGCGGGUGCCAAGUUUGCCGAGAUACAUCUAUUUGUUUGUAGCCCCGCUUUUCCUACCAGUCAUGACUCCGAUCGGAGCAGUCGUUUUUCUUCUCCAAGAUAAGAAAGUGCUGAAAGCUUUUCAGUGUUUUAUCGUGGUAUCCGUUGGCCUAGUAGCCAACAUCUCACUACUGAUGUUCGUCUCCGGUCUCACUGCCAAGGCGGCUGUGCUGAGUACACUUGUCUACCGCGCUCUCAUGGACAUCCCUUACAUCCAUGUCAACAUCUUUCAACAUAUCGGAUUACCGAUGUACGCACGUGAUAGUCGCCCGCCACGUCUCCACCUGAUGUCCAGCGGAGUCCUCAAUCUAUCCCAUAAUCUGUUACUGGACUGGAAUUUCGGACACUCACUGAUUGCCUGCCAUAUCGAGCACCAUCUCUUUCCCAAGCUGUCUGACAACAUGUGUUUGAAGAUCCAACCCAUUGUACAGCAGUAUUUGCAGGAGCAUGGAUUGCCGUACCAGAAACGCGGAUACUUCGACCGCCUCAAGUUCUUCACUAAGGAGUAUAAGAUGCUGAUGGUGGAUGCCCCACCCAUUACACAAUUUAUUGGAGUGCAGUAAAAAGAACAAAAUAAAGCCCUGUCCAUACUUCCUGCGAAUGCUAAUGGGAAGCGUAUUUUGACAUCAAAACAUUUUCGCUACCAAUUUUUCGUAAGAGUUGAACACAUUUCAACUGUUGCAAAUUAUUUGUUGCAAAUUUUUGACGACAAAAUUUGUAUUGCAUUCACUUUCGCUGGAAGUUUCAACCGGGCUUAAGAUAGAAAGUAAAUGGCUGUGUUGUCAUGGACUAAGCACAAAGUAGCUAAGCACAACCAAAUUAUGCUUAGUAGAAUUAGAUUACCAGCCAAAAUACCAUUUCACACGUACAGUACCAUUGUGACUGGUAUCCUGCUAAUUUUUGCUAAUAGGAAAUCAUUAAGCAAAAUUGAGCCCAGGUCAGUCUGUGGCUGUAUGGAAUUAUAAACUCUAACCCAGUUCAGGGCUGGAAAUCAACACUGGACGGCAUGCCUGAUGAGGCCAGUGAUUUUAGUGUCGGGCCUGUAAACUCGCAACAGGCAGAGUCCGGCAGUCUACUUGUUUUUUUCAUUGAGUAAUAUACCUAACUAUGUCAUAAAAGUUAUGCGAAAAGUUUUACAUUUAAUGUAACAAACAAUCUUUAAUUCUUUUGAGUAUCAAAGUGUACUUGCCCAUAUGAAAAAGGAGAUCAAUCUUCUCUAAUCUUAGAAAAAUGUUUGUGGAAAGGUUUUUAACCGUUUUGAUUCUGGUCUUGCGGAAAAAACGCUUGUUCCAGUUAAAAUUCUGAACUACAAGUUCUAUGUUCAUUAUACAUUUCCCCCCAAGCUUGAGCCAGGGAAGUUACUGCAUGUGCACUCCCUCCCUCUGUAUCUUCUCUAUGGUGAGCUACUAGUACUACGAGAGGUGUGUGCUUUAUAACUGGGUGAAAGUUCAUAACUUCAUGUACAGUCACUGGGACCAUCUGGGACUGUUCUGUUUUAAUUAAAAUAUAUUAAAUAAUAUAUUAAAAUAUUGAAUAAUAUCAACCUUUCUCUAUACGAGGACCCAAUAUGAUACUAACACAGUUUGCUGGAUGGGCUACCGUCAGUAAAGAUGGGUGAUUGUUUGUUUAAUAAAUAGUUAUUUAUUAAUAGUAAUUUGACCAAAAUGUUUAUUUAUUUCAACACGAAUUUACAAUUGUGAUCUUUUAUUUAAAUAUUUAUGAUAUGGAAGGACACCCUUCCUAGGAGUAAUAAAUAAUGAAAUUUAUUAAAUAAAACAUUAAUUUAUUUGUUGUUGCAUCAGGAAUGUGAUUGAAAUCUCUCUCUGCACUCUGCAGUACCCGUGUACCUUAUUAGUUGAAUUAAAAAAAAUACCUGUAGCACUCCUUAAACUAAAAGUGAAUUUAAAAUUUUAAAUAAUACAAAAAAUGUAAAUGGUGUUAAAAUACAAUCAUUUCCAGCUGGAAAUGGACUAUACUGGGUGUAUACAUUGCUUUGUCAUGUAACCCUAAAACAAUGAUUUUAGCCUUUAAAGGGUCUGUGUAAUGUCCACAGAUUUACAUUAAACGUACACAGUUUGAAGAUAAUGAUAGUAGAAAGCUU